AUGGCAGGGACAGUCGAAAUUUCGGACUGGCCAGGUAUCCCUGAAGGCGUCAGCUCGCGCACGCUGCCCGUCCGCGACCUGGAUGUGCACCUCUUCGAGGCCGGCAAGCCCACGGAUCCCCUCAUCCUCCUCCUGCACGGCUUCCCCGAGAUCGCGUACUCCUGGCGCAAGGUGAUCCUCCCCUUCUCUCGCGCUGGCCUCGGCUACCAUGUCGUCGCCCCCGACAUGCGCGGAUUUGGGCGCACGAAGCCACAGGACCCUUCUGCGCCCGGUGCAACUCGCCCCAUCGCAUUCGAGGACGACCUGACUUCGUUCAAAGUACUCAACCUCGCAGAAGACACAGCCGCACUCGUCUCUGCUCUGGGACACGAGUCCGUCUCGUGCCUCGUCGGUCACGACGCUGGCGCGACCAUUGCGGGAUUCAGCGUGCUUGCCCACCCCGAGCUCUACAAGUCCGUCGUCUUCGUGAGCACGCCCUUCCCCGGCGCCCCGGCGCCUGGCGGUGCUCUCUAUCCCGCGACGGUCCUCGCGAGCGGCCUCGGCGCGCUUGACCCCCCGCGCAAGCACUACAUGCUCAACAACUCGACCGCACGCGCGAACGACGAUAUGUGGCACGCGCCGCAGGGCCUGCACGCGUUCUUCCGCGGGUACUUCCACAUCAAGAGCGCGGACUGGGCGCCGAACGACCCACACCCACUCGAGAAAAGCGCAGCGGGACUCGGCGAGCUGCCGCACUACUACGUGAUGCCCCGCGACGCGACGAUGGCGGACGUCGCGCAGGCGGGGGCGCCGUCAGUGGAGGAGGCGCAGCGGUGCGCCUGGCUACCCGACGAAGAGGUCGCGGUGUACGCGCGCGAGUAUGAGCGCACGGGCUUCCAGGGUGGCCUCAACCGGUACCGGGUCACGGUAGACUCCGGGCUGGCGGAAGAGCUUACGCAGCUCGCGGGGAAGACGAUCGACGUGCCGGCGAUGUACGUGUGCGGGAAAAAAGACUGGGGCUUGUACCAAAACCCGGGCGCGAUCGAUAGGAUGCAGGAGGAGGCGUGUACGGACAUGGAGGAGGACGAGAUGAUCAUGGUGCCGGGGGCGGGCCACUGGGUGCAGCAGGAGCAGCCGGAGGCGUUCAUCGGGCGAGUGUCGGAUUUUUUGAAGGGUACCCCGGAUGCGGUGGGUCGCCUCAUGAGCAGACCGGGUUUCUUCGAGAAAACUGAAGGUAAGUAA